UAAUUCCACCCAAAGGGCAGGCAGCUUUGUCUUCCCUGCACCCAACCAGGAACCAGUGACCAGUCGGGUAGCCGGUAGUCUUGCACUUAGUUUGACCCGCCCAGAACAACAAUCGUCAGCUCAAGAGCCCAGCACAGUACAGCCAAAUCCAGCAAGUCCAUUGCUGUGCGCCCAGAUCCUGCCGAUAAUGCCACACUGACCUGCCUCUCACCUUUCGAAAGCUCCACAAGAUAGGUAUUCCCCCCGCUACCCGGUGAGUGGUGGUGGAUGCCGAAGCGAGACUCGGCGAGCUUAAGAGCAAAUAUCACCAUCCGCCCGACACCUCCCUCGACCCAAGUGGCCAUGGGUGCCUGCAGCUCAUCAUGCUGCGGAGGAAAAGCCCGCGAUGGCUUGUACGAACCAGUCCUAGCUGAUAGCGAGCGAGAAGCUGUGGCCGACCUCCUUCAGUAUCUAGAAAACCGUGGCGAAACCGACUUCUUCUCCGGGGAGCCCCUCCGUGCUCUCAGCACCCUCGUCUUCUCCGACAACAUCGAUCUUCAACGAAGCGCAAGCUUGACGUUUGCCGAGAUUACCGAGCGAGAUGUGAGGGAGGUUGACCGAGACACCCUUGAACCAAUCCUAUUCCUCCUCCAGAGCCCGGACAUCGAAGUCCAAAGGGCAGCUAGUGCGGCGUUGGGGAAUCUAGCAGUCAACACGGAAAACAAGGUUUUGAUUGUCCAACUUGGUGGCCUACCUCCUCUCAUCCGGCAGAUGCUCUCUCCGAACGUCGAGGUCCAGUGCAAUGCGGUUGGCUGCAUCACAAAUCUAGCGACGCAUGAGGAUAAUAAGGCGAAGAUUGCACGAUCUGGUGCCCUGGGUCCCCUGACACGCCUUGCAAAGUCCCGAGACAUGAGGGUUCAGCGAAAUGCUACCGGAGCCCUGCUGAACAUGACGCAUUCUGACGAGAAUCGCCAGCAACUGGUAAAUGCCGGGGCCAUUCCGGUUUUGGUCCAGCUACUCUCUUCCUCGGACGUUGACGUCCAGUACUAUUGCACGACUGCCUUGAGCAAUAUUGCUGUCGAUUCCAAUAACAGACGAAAACUGGCCCAGACUGAGCCAAGGCUGGUCCAGUCUCUGGUUAACCUCAUGGACUCGUCUUCCCCGAAAGUUCAGUGCCAAGCUGCACUAGCACUUCGGAACCUGGCCUCUGACGAGAAAUACCAACUGGAUAUCGUCAGAUCCAAUGGACUGAGCUCUCUGCUCCAUCUCCUCCAGUCCUCCUACCUACCCCUUAUCCUAUCCGCAGUCGCUUGCAUCCGGAACAUAUCCAUUCACCCCAUGAACGAGUCCCCAAUAAUCGAAGCUGGCUUUUUGAAGCCGCUGGUUGACUUGCUCGGAUCUACUGAUAACGAAGAGAUUCAAUGCCAUGCCAUCUCAACCCUUAGGAAUCUGGCGGCAAGCUCGGAUCGGAACAAGGCACUGGUUUUAGAUGCCGGGGCUGUUCAGAAGUGCAAGCAGUUGGUACUCGAGGUGCCUGUCACGGUGCAGUCGGAGAUGACGGCAGCAAUCGCGGUCCUGGCCCUGAGCGACGAGCUCAAGACACACCUGCUAGAACUUGGCGUUUUUGAUGUUUUGAUACCCCUGACAAAAUCCCCAAGUAUCGAAGUCCAGGGAAACAGUGCCGCGGCCCUCGGAAAUCUGUCCUCGAAAGUUGGUGAUUACGGCAUCUUUGUUAGAGAUUGGGCGGAACCAAGCGACGGCAUCCACGGAUACCUGAGCCGAUUCCUUGAUAGCGGCGACGCGACAUUCCAGCAUAUUGCAAUUUGGACCCUCCUCCAGCUCCUCGAAUCCGAAGACAAGACCUUGAUCGGCCUCAUCGGCAAGUCCGACGAGAUUGUGGAGAUGAUCAAGCAGAUUGCAAAUCGCCAGAUCGAGUCCGACAACGAGGCGGAGGACGACGAUGAGGGAGAAGUUGUCAGCCUUGCUCAGCGGUGCCUUGAGCUGCUUGGUCAGGGUGUGGCUAAGAGCCAUAUCGAAGGCUAGUCAGAGGCACCCGGCUUCUAGGGUCAAGACAACUUCCCAUUACUUUGAUUCACUUCAGCCCCCCUCGCGCUUCCAUUUCCUGAUUUAAUCCAUCCGCAUGCACCUGGGCAGGGGGUUUGGCGCGGUGUUUGUGGCGUAUGUAUGAGGUAUACGGAACGGCAACUCCUGAAAGUUGGAGAGUUCCAUUGUAUUUUCGGUUGUGUGCAUUUCGGAGGGAUUCAUAAGUGGCGAGCUUCUUUUUGACGGCUCGCAUUAUCGGGAUGAACCCGUCCACUCUGCCUGCAGGCUCUAUCUAGUAUUUCCUUUGUACCUUGACACCAGGCCUUUCGCAUGGCGAUGAUCGCUCCACAACCGUCUCCUCUUGCGUUUUCGCUUCCGCGUUUUCCACCCCCCAACGUCGUUUUCAGCCUGUCGUUCUCAGGUGACCUGGCCGGGUCUAGGCUGAUGUAAUUAGACAGAGCCCAUAGUAAGAUAUCCACGCACUGUUACUCACUGCCUAU